UGUGUGCUGCGCAUUGCGGCAAGCCCACACACAGCUUCUACUAUCUUCUCUGCCUGCUCUGUGUCUACCACUGCUAGUAGCAGACGCUGCUGACCCACUACGCUGAAGUUCUGUAUGCUUGGUUCUACAGAACACGGGAUACAGGUGAAAACAUCGCAUCUUCUUGUGGAGGAUUGACAUCAAACGCAGCUGCGGCGGGGCUGAAGCACACCCACCUACAGCAGUACUAGGGUACUUACUAGCGCUGAGGAGGGAACCAUGACCGAGAUGCUUGACUUCGGGUGGUCCGAGCGUCCCUACUGGGACCGCAAGAACUGGUCCUCGCUGGAGGCUUACAAGGAGGCUCUCAAGACGUCCACCACGCUCUACGUAGGGAACCUGUCCUUCUAUACGCAGGAGUCUCAAAUCUACGCCCUGUUCGAUCAGGUUGGAGCGGUUCGGAGAGUGAUCAUGGGUCUCGACCGCGUGAAGAAGUCCCCGUGCGGUUUCUGCUUCGUCGAGUACACGAAGCAUUCCGACACGCUAAUGGCGAUUACCUGCCUCGACGGUACGGCGCUCGACGAGCGUAUCAUCAAAGUGGGAAUCGACCCAGGGUUUAAGCAGGGCCGGCAGUAUGGGCGCGGCAUGUCGGGAGGGCAGGUGAGAGACGAAGCGCGCGCGACGAACGACCCAGCACGAGGAGGCAUGGGCGGCCUAGCCCUCGCCGAGAUGAACGGGCAGCUUGCACCUCAGGGAGGAGGAGGAGGAGGAGGAGGAGGAGGAGGAGAUUACUAUGGCCACGGCGGGGGCGGCGGUGGAGACUACUAUGGCGGGGGCGGGCGCGCGAAUAAGCGGCCACGCGUGGACUGGGAUGCGCGGGAUCGCCGAUGAAGGGCCGUCCCACCAGCCGCACCUUGCUUUCUUGUAUUAGUUCACUUUUAGUUUAUCUGAUUGAUUGUUCGGUCUAGGUUAUGUAGCGGUUCUGUUUUUUUGCGGCGGAGGGUACUCACUUGUUCUUGACCGCGCCAAGCUUUGCGAUUGGCUCACGGUUCAAUAGGGUACGUUAUAACAACUUCCUUCUUCAGGAGGGUGGCACCUUGUGUCGUGCAACUCCGAAUUGAAUCGUGGGUGGAAAGUUGUGUGGAACUGGAACUACGUACACUGCUGACGUGCCGCGUCGCCAAAUGUAUCUCGUAUGAAGUUCUUACGUGACGUCGGUCGUGAUUGAUCGUGUGCGCUCGGUCCACGCAAUGGGAGGACGAAGGUGGUUCGGUCGGUACCUCGCAACCUUCUGAUGUUUGGGGGCAUGGGUUCGAAUCUUGGGGCGGUCACGGGAACUGGGAGUUUUCGUUUUUCUCCCAAUAAAUUGGGUAUGCCGCUACUUCGUCUGUACAUACGCAACAAUUCGGUAUGACGGCCGAACGAGGGAAAGGUACUAAAAUCCCUCUCGCUUGAAGAAUCAAGGCAAGCACCGCAGAAAGAAAGAAAGUACAUUACGUGGACUUCCUUCUUUGUGAGCCCGG